AUGGUUGCACCUGCGAGACCUCAGUUUGUUCUCUUCGGAUCCUCCAUCGUUCAGCUCAGUUUCGGCCAUGGCGGUUGGGGUGCCCAUCUUUCUGACAUCUACUCUCGCAAGGCUGACAUAAUGUUGCGAGGAUACUACGGAUGGAACUCUAGACGUGCCCUCCAAGUCCUGAAUGAAGUUUUCCCAAAGGAUGCUUCAACCCAUCCUUCUCUUGUGAUAGUCUAUUUUGGUGGUAAUGAUUCCAUGGGUCCUCAUUCGUCUGGCCUAGGCCCUCAUGUGCCUCUGGAAGAGUAUAUUGAAAACAUGAGAAAGAUUCUGAUUCAUAUUCAGGGUCUCUGUGAAAAGAUACGUAUCAUUGUUCUCAGCUGUCCUCCUGUCAACGAGGAAAAAGUGCGUGGAAACACUAGUGGAGUUUUUAGUGAGCUGGUAAGAACGAAUGAAUUGUGCCAAAGCUACUCAGAAGCUUGUAUUAAGCUAUGCAAGGAACUGGAUGUCAAAGUUAUUGAUCUUUUUACUGCAUUACAGAAGAAAGAUGACUGGAUGAAUGCUUGUUUUACUGAUGGUAUCCAUUUAGCAGCCGAGGGAAGCAAAAUCGUGGUGAAGGAGAUACUGAGCGUGCUUAAGGAGGCCGACUGGGAGCCAAGCCUCCACUGGAAAUCCUUACCCACUGAAUUUGCGGAAGACUCACCAUAUGAUCUGGUUGCUGCUGAUGGCAAAACUACUUUGAAUCCUUCUGAGUGGACUUUUUACAGAGAGAUUCAGUGGGAUUAG